AAUGCUUCACCUAAGAUACGAAAAGGACAUGAUGACAUUCACUGGUUGCUAUGAAGGUUGCAAUGAGACAGAAAUGGGAGAAUUGACCAAAAUGAUAUUAGCAUGCGAUUCAUACAAUAGGGAGUUUGCAGAUCAUGUUGCUAGCUCGUUUAACCAUAAGAUUUACGUUAGCAAUGGAGGAGAGUUGAAUGAUCGACCUCAUAUACAAAAUCUUAGAGAAUUUCCUAGGGAGGAGCUUUUUGGAAAAGUUGUCAUGGUUAGAUUUGAUUCUAACAUAUUGCUCAAGCAAAAGAGUUACCAGAAGAAUCAAUCAGUUUUUAAUGCACUAUUUACAAUUAAAUAUUUAUAUGAAGCCGGAGCGAAGGUGAUCCUGGUCAGUGAUUGGAAUAUGAAUACUUCACAACUUCUUCAGACAGAGUCAGUUGCAGGAGAUGUAAUCCUAUAAAAUACAGAAUGAUCAACUUUAUUGCGGAUUAAGCCAAACGCCUGAACGGCAGAACUGAAGCGACUGAACCAUGCUCGAGGAGUGUGUGUUUUUUUCUUGCUUGAGAAGAUUGAGGGUGUGGCUUGUCAAUACCAUAUGAAAUAUAUGUUUCUUUCUUUCUUUUUCUUUAUUAUUCUGGCAAUAUUGAGGGUGUGGCUUUUCCAUUAUGUUCUUGCUUUUCUUUUCUUUCGAUUUCGUUUCUUUUUUUUCUUGAUAAUACUGUGGAUGUUCGAUUGUGUGCUUUUGUUUCUGUCUACCCAGGCAUCAUAUUA